GGACAGCCCUGCCUGAACACAACAGUUACUGUGGAUUUUUAAGAGACUCAGUUUAAGAAUUCAGGAAUUUCUGAUUCAUUCACAGGAUUUGCAAAUUCAUCAGCCCCUGAAAACUAAAGCAAAUUCAACAGGACAAAAAAGGAACAUGGGCUUUUCAAGUUCAGUAUGUGUCCUUUUCUUCUUUCUUGGAGUCAAAGUAUAUUGCCAAUAUGAAAGUUAUCAAUGGGAUGAAGAUUAUGACCAAGAACCAGAUGAUGUCUACCAAACGGAAUUCCAAUUAAAUAUAAACUAUGAAGCUCCAUUUCAUCAGCAUACUUUAGGUUGUGCCAGUGAAUGCUUCUGUCCACCUAACUUUCCAUCAUCAAUGUACUGUGAUAAUCGCAAAUUAAAGACUAUCCCAAAUAUUCCAGCACACAUUCAGCAAGUCUAUCUUCAGUUUAAUGAAAUUGAGGCUGUGACUGCAGAUUCAUUUAUCAAUGCCACUCAUCUUAAAGAAAUCAACCUCAGCCACAACAAAAUUAAAUCUCAAAAGAUUGAUCAUGGUGUGUUUGCUAAAUUGUCAAAUCUACUACAGCUUCACCUACAGCACAACAAUUUAGAAGACUUUCCGUUUCCUCUUCCUAAGUCUUUGGAAAGGAUUUUUCUAGGUUACAAUGAAAUCUCCAGACUGCAGACAAAUGCUGUGAGUGGGCUUGUAAACUUGACCAUGCUUGAUCUCUGUUUUAAUAAAAUUGAUGAUUCUAUGUUACAAGAAAAAGCACUUGCCAAAAUGGAAAAAUUAAUGCAGCUCAAUCUAUGUAAUAAUAGAUUAGAAUCAAUGCCUCCUGGUUUGCCUUCUUCACUUAUGUAUCUGUCUUUAGAAAAUAAUUCAAUAUCUUCUAUACCAGAAAAUUACUUCAACGAACUUCCGAAACUUCAUGCGCUAAGAAUAUCACACAACAAACUACAAGACAUUCCAUAUAAUAUUUUUAAUCUUUCCAGCCUUAUAGAGCUCAAUGUUGGACACAACAAACUGAAGCAAGCAUUCUAUAUUCCAAGGAAUUUACAACACCUAUACCUAGAAAAUAAUGAAAUUGAAAAUGUCAAUGUCACAGUGAUGUGUCCAUCAGUUGAUCCACUACAUUACCACCAUUUAACAUACAUUCGUGUAGAUCAAAAUAAGCUGAAAGCACCAAUAAGCUCAUACAUUUUCUCCUGCUUCCCUCAUAUACACACUAUUUACUAUGGUGAACAACAAAGUACUAAUGGUCAAAAGAUACAACUGAAGACCCAAGUUUUCAGGAGAUUUCAAGAUGAUGGUGACAGUGAAGAUCAUGAUGAUCAUCAUGAAGGCCCAGAAGGAGAAGGAACAGAAGAAAACAUUGAUGCUCACUAUUAUGGAAGUCAAGAAUGGCAAGAAACUAAAUAGGUAUACAUUUAUAACUUCAUAAGAUCUUAUUAUUCAAUAUAAAUUUAGCUAAAUAUGCAUAGCUCAUAGUAAUAUGGUUAGAAUUGAGUACUCAGCAUACUAAGAUCAGACUGAAUUUCGGUUGUUGAUAACAUCUGCAUCAUUAUAUAGGAUUAGAAUUCCCUCAAAAUGAUACAAAUCUUGUAGAAAUAUAAAUUAGAAUGACAAAACUACACUUUGAACAUAAAAUUAUCAUGUUGAGAAAAAAAAAGUAUGCUCAUUUAUAUUAACAAUAAUUUUUCUAAAAAUGAUGAAAGAAGUAGCAUUAGAAACUAAAAACUGUAAACCAUGCACUUUAAAUCACUAUGAGUAUAGUGUUUAAAUGCCAAGAGGUUAUAUUAAUGUAAUAGGCAGCAACUCAUUUAAGGAAUAGACGAUUUCCUUUGAUUUAAUCUCCAGAAAAGCUUUCAUAUCAUCACCAUGACAGCUACCCACCCUGGUCCUACCACUUAGAGCACAGAAUGAUAGUUUUGAUUUUCAAAAGAGGUUAUCUUAACUAAGGAUCCAAGGCACACAAAUUUAUGAAAUCAACUAGUCUUACUUUUUUGUUGUUUGUUUUAAAUUUAUUUUUUUUUUAUUGAAGGAUAAUUGCUUUACAG